AUGUUCUCAUUAGCCACAAAGUUCAUGAUCAAGUUCCCCACAAAAUUCACAUCCAUAAACACUACUGUUUUUCCAAGAAGUUAUACUUUGAGAUCAUUAGCUACAAAACCAUGCAAUUCCAUCAAACUUUUCAAUGAACACAAAAGUUCAAGCAAGAACACUCCUGCUGUUAUUGUUUUCGACGAAGAAACCACGGGACUUAGCCGGAAAUACGAUCGAAUUAUCGAGCUCGCUGCUCGAGAUCUUCGAGGAGGCAUCAACAGCACAUUUGAAACUCUUAUCAAUCCUGAAAUCCAUGUGAGGAAUUCUCAUGUUCAUGGUAUCACUACUCAAAUGGUUUGCAAUCCUAACGUGCCACGGUUUGAGGAAGUGAUACCGAAAUUUAUUAAAUUUGUGGAUGAUUGUCAAAAGGAUAGAAAUGGAGUAUUAUUAGUAGCACAUAAUGGGAGGAGAUUUGAUGUUCCAUUUUUAAUCAAGGAGUUUGAGAGAUAUUCAAUGGAGGUUCCUUUGAAAUGGUUGUUCUUAGAUACAUUGACUCUUGUUAAGCGACUAAUGAAUCAAGAUGGAAGGAAGCUGAGAUCAUUAUCACUGAGAUCAUUGGGUCAACAUUAUGGGAUUCAAUCUGAGGGAGAACACAGAGCCAUGCAAGACCUGAACACAUUGAGUUAUGUUCUACAGAGCAUUACAAUGGACUUUAAACUCAGUGUUGAUGAUCUACUUCAAUUUUCCUUCACAGCUUCUCAUUUAUCAUCUUCACCUUCAUGA